GACAGCGUUGUCAAAUUUCCAGAUUACUUUAAUUAACUGAUCAGGUGAAUCACAACAGAUAGUAACUAUUAAAAUAUAAUUCUAUCAAAUAUUAGUGAUAAUAAUAAUUAUUUAACAGAGAAAGUACUUUCGGCCCAAUUGUAUAUUUGGGUCAUGAGUAUCUAUUACAAUCCAAUAUUUUAAUUUAGUUAAUCAAAAUGAGUCCAUGGUCUUCACGCAGAUAUUUUCGCGUGACACCUCUACGAGCGCUAUGUGCUUUUCUAUUCAUCAGUGCUCUUUUCUGGUAUAAUCUUGGGAGAGAAAACUUACCACCGCCACCGUGUAGUGUACCAGAGGAAUUUACCGAGAGAUUACAUGAAUUGGUUUACAGAGUGCAUUUGGUGUUGACUAAAUUGGGUAUUGUUAAUUUUCUUUGUUUUGGAGCCCUAUGGGGCCAAGUUAGAAUUGGUCGAGCUCUUCCUUGGGCUCGUAAAAUAGAAAUUUGCAUUGUGGACACAAUGAGAGAUGAUGUAUUAAUCACAAAAGCCUUCCGUGAUGCUGGAUUAAGUGCCACUUAUAUGUAUACGUCUGGUAUUUAUCGUGUUCAGGAGCAUGAGAUAGGAGAGGCAUCAGCCAGAGUUGAAAUAAUUGUUUUUGAACAAGAUACUGUGACUCAGAUGAUGAGAAGAGUUGGUUGGACAAGAAGAGUAUUACCGCCAGACUGUGAAUUAUCACCAAGUCUUCAGUGCUUCCCACCACAGUUGGUAAUCCCGCCAUUGCCGGCCAAGCAAUUUGGCGGGAGACUUAUUCCCGUUCCGAGAGAGGGUAUUGAAUUGCAAAAAUAUCACUAUCCUAAUAAUUGGUGGCUCGAAAUAAAACCAACUGAUUGCGUUGAACUCAAUCAACAAGCAACAUAAUAAUAAUAAUUAUUAUUAUUAUUAAUUUUUAUUUAUUACAAUGAAAGUACAUAAAGUAUGGACGUAAAUGACUUAUAUACAAUUGGAAUAUAAUAAUUUUUUUAAAUUUAUAUAAAUAUCGUACUGCUUCCGUUGAUAUAUAUUUAUUAUUACUAUUAUUAGCAAUAAUAAUAAUAGAACAGACUUUUUUUUAUUAAAAUUGCUUUUUGAUAAAAAAAAUGAAUAUAUGUAUUAAAAUCUAGUCAUUCCGCAAUAAUUAAAUGAGAGUUAUUCUUACACUCUCUUAUUUAGUAAUUAAUUUAUUGUUUUAGUAGAAAUAAUAAUUUAAAUAAAU